AUGUCUACUCAAAGGAUUUUUCUUCCAUUACCGUUAAAAUAUCAAACCAAUUCAUUCAACAAUAAGAAUGAUAAUAUAUUUAGCUAUACUGAAGAUCUAAUAAAUUUUUGUAAAAAAUAUUCUAGUUUAGCAGAAGCUCAUAUUGUAGAUUUUUUCACAGAUAAUACUUGGGAAAUUAUACCAAAAGAGUGGAGAGACGUAUUUGAAGUAGAAUGCGAGAAUAUAAUUGGAGAAAAUAAUUAUGGAAAUAAUAAUGAAAGUAAUUUUGUAAAUAAAAUGAUUAGACUUGCUAGUUUUCAUGAAUAUGAGUCUUUGAAAAAAUAUAUUAGAGAUACUAAGGAAUUGGUGUUAUCGCGUGAUAUAUCAAUCGAUGUUUUACAGAUGGAAUGUGAAAAUUCAAUCGAUAAACGUAUAUUGCCAGGAAUGAAUAAAAAAAAGUUGCACGAGGUUAAAAUAUUAAGUAACUUGAUAGCAUCAUUAGCAAACGAGAAUAAAAUCAGUUCAAUUAUUGACUUGGGAGCGGGUCAGGGCUAUUUAAGUAGAGUAUUAGCAUAUACACACAAUCUUUGUGUAUUUGCUAUCGAUGCAAGUAAUGUGCAAACAUGUGGCGCACAAAAAUAUCAAUUUCGCACUGAAAAAAGUCUUGGAUUGUUACGUAAAGAUAAAAACGAGGUCGAAAGAGAGGAAAAUAUAAAAAGUGGCAAAUUUGAAAGAAAAAGAAAUGGAUGUUUAAAUCAUAUUACACAAUAUGUUACAUCUGAAACUUUGUCUAGUUUAAUAACAGACUGGAAUAAAAGUAGUAACAAGCAUAUUGAAGUCAAUGAAGAUACGGGCUAUGUUAAAAUUAUCGAGAAAGCUAAGGACGUCAAAGAGAAAAAUCUAAUUGAUGAUGAUCCCUGUUCAAAUAAGCAGGUAGAACAAGAUGAUGAUGAUUAUUUAAUUUGCGGAUUACAUUCAUGUGGACAAUUAUCAAGUUCAAUGUUAGAUUUAUUUAUAAAAAAUGAAAAAAUAAAAAGUGUAGCAAAUGUAGGAUAUAAGAAAUGUUCAUUUCCGUUAAGUAAAGUUUUUAAAGAAAAAAAAUUUUAUAUGGGAUCAACCAUUAGACAACUUGCAUGUCAAGUACCAUCUAGAUGGUCAAGUCAGCAAGAAUCAAGUAUUAAUGCAUUUGAACAUCACUUUUAUCGUGCAUUAUUACAAUAUAUUUUAACUAAAAAAGAAUUGAUCAAAGAUACGCCAAGAAUAGGAAAAUUACGCCGUCGAGAUUUUGCAUCAUUUUCAGCGUAUUGUACAGCUGCUCUAAAAAAGCUCUCUCUUCCAUUAAAUUGCAUAACACAAGUAGAAUCAGAACAAUAUUAUAAUGAAUACAAAAUAAAUGGAUUUAUGCAUAAAAUUAUUAUAUUUUGUACAUUAAGAGCUUUGUUAGGACCUUGUUUCGAAAGUAUAAUAUUGUUAGAUAAAUGUUUAUAUUUAUUUGAAAAUAAUAUAGUAAGGGAAAUUAAAUGUUUUGGUGUAUUUGACGAAAUAAAAAGCCCUAGAAACAUGGUUAUUGUUGGAUUAAAAUAA